ACAUCAGCAUUAAGAAAUUAGGUACACAUGGUAAUGACAUUUCGGUGUUUUUACAUUCGAUCACGUUCGUUCCUCACAAGCGUGCUCCGUUUCAGCAAGGAUAAUCUGGCUGUCGCUGCUGCCAUCGAAUAAAAUCCCCCUCUUGUGUUAAGUGUGUUCUUGGUCUUGAUGUGUGCAGCCUCUAGUGCCCUCCUGAUAUUUUUGUUCAUACCUUUCUCUAAAAUUUCAGCCCCUUCCCACCUUGGUAAGUGCCCGGCCUCAUCCACAUGAACCACUAUCGCAUUACUUAACACGUGCCCCCUCACGUCUCUUCUGUGUUCCCCGACACGGGUACCUAGGCCCCUACCUGUCUCGCCUACAUAUUGUUUUUCGCAAACAGCGCACGGUAUCUGAUAGACUAUGCUACUUUCGUGAUCCUUAUCUUCGUCGCGUGCACCUUUUAAAAUAUCGCCACUUUUGUGUCCCGCACUUAUCACCGUCUUGAAUCCGGCCUGUUCAAGCUGUCGUGCUACCGUAUCCACCUUUUCAAAAUUGGGAAUGCAGAGCAAUCUACUCGAUUUUUCUAUUCUUGCGUUUUCUCUUUCAUUAGUGUUUCGUUCACGAAUCUUCUGGGCCUUUUUCUUCUGAGAAAUGAGAAACCCUCUUGGAUAUUUGAGCUGCUGAAAUCUUUCAAAAAUGUGCUCCAGCUCGUCCUCGAGAUAUUCCGGGCUGCACACUCGGUUGCAGCUGAUUAAACACAGACCAUGCCAAAAAAGUUUGCUGGUGAGAAUUCCAAGGCUGUUGCUGCCAGGGCAAGGAAGGCUUCUUCCAAAGCAGAAGCGGAAGAGAAGAAGCAAAAGAAAGCUGAAGAUGAAUACUGGAAAGAUGAUGCCAAGCACGUUGUGAAAAAGCAGAACAAAAAGGAGGAGGCCGAGCGUAAGCGGCACGAGCAGCAGCAGAAGAAGCAGGAGGCUGCUGCUCUACUGCGGGAGGAGGAGGCCACCCUGGAGAAGCAGACGGCCUCCAAGCGGCCAGCACCCAAGGUCACGCGCAGCCAGGUGCAGGCGGAGGCCGAGCGGCGAGCGGCGGCCGCACGCGCCGCCGCUGCCGCCGCCGCCGCCACACCGGCCAAGGGCCAGUUGGAGGCGCCCGUCGCCCUGGAGGAGAACGUGAACCGGCUGGAAGUGGACGGGGAGGAGGCGCGCACCGUGGAGGAGGCCAUCGCCGUGCUCAGUGUGGGCGGCGGUGACGACGGCGACCGGCACCCGGAGCGCCGCAUGAAGGCCGCCUACAAGGCCUUCGAGGAGGAGGCGCUACCCAGGCUCAAACAGGAGAACCCGGGCAUGCGUCUCUCGCAGCUGAAACACAUGAUGCACAAAGAGUGGACAAAGUCACCACAGAACCCCCACAAUCAGAAAACCAUGGCCUACAACGCGCCAAAGGCUAGCUGAUCCCAUUAACAUUGGACAUCUUGGAAGGAGAUUGCGUUUUAGGUGUGUCUCUUUCUACAACUGAGUGGUGUUUGAAAGGUUUGUGCGCUGUGAUCAAGCGCUUUCCAGUGUAAUAAUACGAUAUGCGGUUCUCCUUGUUUGUGGCGCGGAAUGAAGCGAACUGAUGUGGUGCCUGUUGCUGGAGCUUAAGGGCUUCAUGAUUUGGUUUCGCCCGUUGAUCGGUUCUGAUGUGCCGUCAUAGAUUGUGCUUUUGCACUCGGUGGUUAUCUAAUGUGGCAAUAUAUUGACUAUUGUGCUGCAAA